GUCAAUCUGCCCAAAUGUGGAGGAUGAACAACAACAAACUCCUUUUGUAAACAAACAAGAAGCAGGUGAAGAAAAUAUAUAUUACAAAAUAGCAGCUGCAAUAAAUGUCAACAGUAGAGAUGGCUAAUUACCUACCAUUGCCGAUAACCUACUAUAACAUAUUGAUUUAAACGGAACGGAGAUCUGUUACAAGUACCGGUACAUCAAGAAGACGUAGUGGAUAAAGGACUUGUGGGAGAAGAUAUGGAAAGUAUUCGGCCGAAUCCUUAGCCAACCGAAUUUCCUUAACCUCUACAUCUACCUCUACCACCUCCACCUCCACCUCCACCUCCACCACCUCCACCUCCACCUCCACCUCCACCUCCACCUCCACCUCCACCUCCACCACCUCCACCUCCACCUCCACCUCCACCACCUCCACCUCCACCUCCACCUCCACCUCCACCUCCUCCACCUCCACUUCCACUCAUGAGCAUGUUCCUUCGUGAGGUAGCAUUAGAGGCCAUAGGCACAGAUGUGGCGCUGUGGCAAGAACUCGAGGGUGACGUGGGCUGUGUGGUGUGGGAUGCAGCCAUUGUGCUCACUAAGUUCCUUGAGGUUAAUUCGCUGAAAACUGGCACAGAUGCCGGAAAAUGUCUGAUAAAAGGCCGAACUGUGCUUGAAUUAGGGUCAGGCACUGGUUGUGUUGGUCUUGCAGCUGCCAUUAUGGGAGCUUCAAAAGUCACCAUCACGGAUCUGCCAGAGUUUCUUGGCCUCAUGGAGAAAAACAUCGUGGAAAAUCAAGAACGUUUAGGGUGUCCAGUAGAGGCAAGGGAGCUCAGCUGGGGCAAUGAGCAACAGAUGAGGCAAUUUCCCUUUCCAGAUGUUGUGCUCGUGGCUGAUUGCAUCUACUAUGAGCAGUCUCUGGAACCUCUGGUGUCAACUCUACACAAGAUAUGCAGCCCAGAUACAAUAGUCCUUCUCAGCUAUGAAGAGAGAACCACUGGAAAUAAGCCACAGCUGCAGAAGAAGUUUUUUGAGUUGAUGGAAGAGCACUUUUGCAACGAGAAAAUUGCCUUGGAAGAACAGCAUGAACUCUUUAGGUGCGAGGACAUUCACAUCUACAAGUUCAGUCGGAGAUGAUGAAAGUUUUUGAUAUGCUUAGGAAAAUUGCUGGUGCUUUUCAUGACAUGACAUUUAUGUCACCUGGGUCCACUAGGUUAAUUUUUACUUUCAUGAACAAAUUACAAGAAUCUGUAAGUGCUCUGUUAGAAGUUUAUUUUAUUUCAUUUUUUUUAUUUUUUUUUAUAUUUAGUCAUCUGUAUCCUAAUUUUUCUUGCAUAAAUAUUGAAGGAGAGAAUGAAAAGCCUGUAUUAAAGUCACUUGUUUAGAUAAACACCACUCCACAUCAAGAAUAUGUUCAUUAUACCACGUUGAGGAACUAGUCUCUCUGAUGGUAUAGUCUGACUCAGGCUAGAAUCACCCAAUCAACCUCUCUUGAAAGAAUGCAAAUCAGCGAAGAACACGUUAAAUUACAGAAAUUGACUAUUUGUGCCGAGUGCCAUGUUGAGAAAUAGGGAUGAAAAGCACAAGAAGAAACAUCAAAGUACCUUUAACAGUUAUAUUUAUAAAAUAUUGCAACUUUUGGUGAACAUUUAAUCUGAAAGGGUGAUGAUUGCCGAUGUCACCAUUAGAUAUCCAUAAAAGAAUACCAUUAUUCUUAUAUAGUUGUUUAUUACAGUUAUUUCACUUUUUAUUAUGUCAUGUGAGCAUACAUUAUGUAGCAUUGUAGUACUCAGGUCUCUAUGAUACAAAGGGCAUAUGAUUCCAAGUGUCAUUUUACAUACCAUGUUAAGCAUUUCUUUAUUAAUGGCUGGAAUUUUUUUUUCCAGUUCUGUGCACACACAAAGGGCUUUGAAUAAAGUCAGUCAUUGUUGUCAUA